UCUUAAGAAUGACGCAUCUGUAGAAUCUAAGUAUAAAAGCUGAUUAAAAAUGGACCACUCGUUCCUUAAAUCUCAACACCCGGUUGUUGAAGAACUUUUAACCAACAAAUACUUCGGCGAUACCUUGUUAGUAUGCGCGAACGGUCAUCUAACUGACAACAAGUUAGCUGUUGGUCUUCUGUUCCCUUCCCUCCUCACCUCCGAUAUAUUUGCACUUCCCAUAGAGAAUGUUCUCUUGGUACCUGACUAUACUAUGGAAGAGAUUGGACGAGAGUUUGAGAAACUCAUUCUGGGAGGUUCCAGACCACCUCAACCCAACAGUAAUCCUACCCCUAUCUGUAGCACAUCCAAAACUAAACCAAUCCAUCAUCAACCAAAUAUUCCCACCGUUCAUCUAACCAACCAAUUAACCAAUCACCCAACUAGUUAUUUAACUGUUCAACAAGCUAGUCAUCUCUCUGACGGUUCAGUCCUUCACUCUUCUAACCAGUCGAUAGUUCUUCCAGCUCCGUAUCAAUCCCAACAGAAACUUCCUGAAUCCAAUCCUUACAUUCAUGAUAUGAAUCAUUCAACCAUAUCUUCUAAUAACCCAGAUAUUCCUCUAGCCAAUCAAUCAAUUAUUCUUUCAACCCUGGACUCCGCUAAUCAUCAUACCAAUCAUCCGAUCAGUAAUAUAUCCAAUCCGCAAUUGAUUCAUCAAACCAACCUUCAUCCUACAACAUUCCAGCAAAUUAUCCAUCCUUCCAGCCAACAGCCGAUUAUUUCUUCGCAUUUGCCAACCAUGAAUUCAUCUCUUCCCGUCGACAACAACUCUCAUUUUACCUCCUCAACUAUGGAUUUAACCCCGGUCUUAAACUCUAAUUUAUGCCAGCAAGUGUCCACACAAAUGAACUCUGGAUUACAGAUGAUAAACUCAAUGAGCAACGUCGAGAGCACUUACACACAGUUAAGCUCCCUAUCCUCCUCAGGGUCUGGAGGUAACACAGAAUAUUUGAACUCCAAUACUGUGUUUGUUAGUAGUGAUAGACUAGGUUUAGAUGAGAGCCAGCAGAUGUAUAGAUACGAAGUGGAUUAUAACUCUAAUCAAUCAGAACAAGAUGAAGAGGAAUUGUAUGAUGGUGAUAUUCAAAAUGAGGAAAAUUUAGUUAUUGAUACCAACCAGGAACAAGAGUUGGAUUGUGAACAAGAUAAAUACCAAGAAGAAAAGUUGGAAAAACAAGAACUGGAAAAAGAGGAGGAAAUACCCUCUCAGUUUUAUAUUACAGACGAGCUGCAGCAGCAACAAGAACAGUUGCAACAAGAUUCUGCUAAUUAUGAAGUGACACUUGUGAAUGGAUAUUCUGAGAAUUGUGAAAACAUUCAUAUCUCAAACAACUCAGAACACUCAAUACGAGUUUAUAUAGAAACAAAUCACAAUCAGACAAGCCCAGAGCCUCCAGAAUUGGAAAGAAUGGUGCCAUGCGACGAUAAGAGAAAAAAGCGAGUAAGUUUCUUGGAGGGACAAACUCAGGACAGACAGGAUACAAAGUCAAGAAACCGAAUUCAGAAACCGGGUUCUCAGAACCUCGAGUCUCGACCUCGUCCUGCUCGGGUCGACAAACCCAAGACGAAGCUGAGGAUUGAGGAGUACGAAGACGAAGACGUGGAUAUGAUAGAGAAUUUAACAGAUCGGGAAAAUGUAGGAGAAAUUUGGCCUGAAGAACCAGCAAUAAUAGAAGACAGAAAGCCUGGUCGUCCCAGAGUUAAGCCGAGUCGUCUUAAUGAACCAGCGAGUGAUGGAAUCACAAGAUUUAAGUUGAAAUCAGCUCAGCAUGUUGAAAAGGAAACUUUCAAGUGUGUUGAAUGUGGUAAGGUAUUGAGCUGUCAGGGAAGCUUGAACAGGCAUCUAUUAGUCCAUUCGGAUGGAAAACCGUUCAAAUGCCGACAUUGUCCUAAAUCCUUCAGAGAACGAUCUAAAAGAAGUGUCCAUGAGCGUAUACACACUGGAAGCAAACCCUACCGGUGCAAGGUUUGUGGCCGGGGUUUCAAAACUUCAACACAACGGAGUAUCCAUUUAAAAAUGCACACUAAGGAGAAACCGUUUUCUUGCGAGACUUGUAGUAAAAAAUUUGCGCAGAAGAAUGCAAUGAUCAAACAUGCAAAAAAGAUUCAUGGUCCAGGAUCCCAGGAAGGGAAUCUUAAAAGUUAAUGAUCAUAUAACUGCAAUUUAAUUGAAAACGGAGCAGCUGGAAAAUUCUUAAUGAACAAAACUGAUUUAAACCAAAUAAAAAAAAACUUUCCUCUAUAAAACCGAU